UAAAAUAUCAUUAGUUACUCUAUAAAGAAACAUCAUAACUCGCAUAAUAUUUUCCCGUAUUUUGUUUGAAUUUUUUCUUUUAGGACAACAAAAACAUAUUUAUCCUUUCUUCCAAGAUCCCAAGAUCUAGGUUUAAAAUCAUCUAAUGAAAGACAAUCCUAUAAAUCCAAUGGAAUUAGGGCUUUAGAUCUACCUCUCAAAAUCACAAAUUCGCCUAAAUUUUUGCAUUGUCGGUGAAUUUUGAACUGUUUCAAUUCAGAUUUUAAGGAUUUAAAAUGAGGUCGACACAAUCAUCGUAUAGAGAUAGAACAAAUGAAUUUCGAAGUAUAACAGAGAGAUUAAAGAAGUCGAUACCAUCAUCAUCAAAUGUAUCGAAUGAUGCAAGUAGUAGCAGCUCUUUUGGUGGUUCAGGAGUAAAUGGGCCUAGAUCGGCAGCUUCGAUCCAUUCCGAGUUCAAUAAACGGGCUUCCAAGAUCGGGUUUGGGAUUCAUCAGACUUCUCAGAAACUUGCCAAGCUUGCUAAGUUGGCUAAGAGGACGUCUGUUUUUGAUGAUCCAACUCUUGAAAUUCAAGAGCUCACUGCAGUCAUCAAGCAAGAUAUCACUGCGCUUAAUGCAGCUGUAGUAGACCUGCAGCUUCUCUGCAAUACUCAAAAUGAGAGUGGAAACAUUUCUACUGACACCACCAGUCAUUCUACCACAGUAGUUGAUGACCUUAAGAACCGUUUGAUGACUGCAACUAAGGAAUUUAAAGAAGUUCUUACCAUGCGUACUGAGAAUUUAAAGGUCCAUGAGAAUAGAAGGCAGUUAUAUUCUUCAACAGCAUCAAAAGAGACCUCAAACCCUUUUGUGCGUCAGCGGCCAUUAGCUGCUAAAGCACAAAAUGGAGCCUCUGCCCCUCCAUGGGCCAAUGCAGCUAGUACUUCAUCCUCAUUGUUUCCGAGAAAAUCUGCAGAUGGGGAAUCUGAAGCACUACUGCAACAACAGGGUCAACAGCAGCAACAAAUGGUUCCACUCCAGGAUACUUAUAUGCAGAGCAGAGCUGAAGCUCUACAAAACGUUGAGUCUACCAUUCAUGAACUGAGCAACAUUUUUACACAAUUGGCAACAAUGGUGUCACAGCAAGGAGAAAUUGCAAUCAGGAUUGACGAGAACAUGGAGGAAACACUAGCGAAUGUCGAAGGGGCGCAGAACCAAUUAGUGAGGUAUCUUAACAGUAUAUCAUCGAACAGAUGGCUGAUGAUCAAGAUAUUUUUUGUAUUGAUUGUAUUUCUCAUGUUCUUCCUAUUUUUCGUUGCUUAAGCGGCAUUCAAAGAAAUCUUUUGGCUUAGUAUAUACAUCGAGGAAAUCUAUAAAUGAAAAACAAAGGAAGUUGUUAUUGUGGAUGGAGUUGUUCCUCAUUUAAAUUGCCUUCUUUUCUUUCUUUUUACCCCCCUUUUGGCUUGCAUUUCCGUUUAUCUUGGGUUCAACAGGAGUGUGGCAAAGUGAAUUGUUGAAAAUAGGUAUAUUUUUGGCGGAACAAUCUGUAUUAUCUCAUGAAUUCUGUAAACACUAUUGAUGUUAUUUCUAUGUUACUUAUUCUGAAGUAUCUCUGAAUUAUCUCAUGAUUAUCGAGCAGUUCUAUUUGCCAUGAUUGCUUCAAUAACACUAUAUUUGGAUAAUUAGGGAAAAGAAAGGAAGAAAAGGCUAAGGGAGGAAUACAAAAGGAAGGGAAAUAAUUUUUGUUUGUUUAGGAGGAAAAGAAAAGAAAUAGAGAUAAGAUUUUUCCCAUCAAAUCUUUCCAACUUUGAAAGAUUGAUGUCCAAUCAAAGAUCAUCCACCCAACCUCUCCAAAUCCUUCUCCUUCAUAUCCCUUCCUUUUCUUUCUUUUCUAUUUUUUUUUUUUUUUUUUUUUUUUCCUUAAAUAUGGGAUCUCUUAUCCCUCCAAAUUUCUUCCCUUUUUUUCCUUCUAUUUCUUUUGAUUUUUAAGUGGGAUUGAUGUGGCAUGCAUGAUGUAUACUUUUACUUCCAACGUUUACUAAUCCGUCCUAAGGAACUUGCACCAAUUACAUAAAGUCACAUGUUUGAUAUAGGAGAUGAUACUCCCGCCUAUUCUAAUAUUUUUUGUUUUUUUUUUCACUAUUCAUCAAUUACUAUCAGUUUGUAUUUUAUUCUCAAAUUUAUAAAUUAAAACAUAGUCAAGUGAAAUUAUG